GGAGAUGAGGGGGCCAACUUCCUUAAGAACCGCCAGCAGAUGAAGAUGUCCGAGCUGGACGAACAGCUGGCGGAAUACAUCGCUGAGUGGAGGAAGCAGAGAUCCAAGGAAGAGGAUGAGCUCAGGAAACUCAAGGAGAAGCAGGCUAAGAGGAAGAUCCUCCGCGCUGAAGAGGAGAAGAAGCUGACCGAGCAGAAGAAGGCCGAGGAGGAGCGCAAGCUUCGCGAGGAAUCCGAGAGGAAGCAGAAGGAACAGGAAGAGAAGAGGAAGCGCCUCGAGGAAGCAGAGAAGAAGCGCCAGGCCAUGAUGAAGGGAUCCAGCGAGGAUGGCGUCAAGAAGUUCGGCGUCAAGAGCGGCGGUGACAAGUUCUCCAACAUCCAGGCGGCCAAGGGCGAACUGGGCAAGACCCGCGAGCAGCUGGCCGAGGAGAAGAAGAUUGCCCUGUCCAUCCGCGUGAAGCCCCUCUGCGUCGACGGCGUUGGUGCGUCCGCCCUCCGCCAGAAGGCCGAAGAGAUGUGGAACCUCAUCAUCAAGCUGGAGACCGAGAAAUACGACAUGGAGGAGAGGAUGAAGCGACAGGACUACGAUCUGAAGGAGUUGAAAGAACGUCAGAAGCAACAACUCAGGCAAAAGGCCCUGAAGCGAGGCCUGGAGGCGGAGGCUCUCACCGGAAAACACCCGCCCAAGAUCCAGACUGCCUCCAAGUUCGAGCGACGCACAGACAGGAGGACUUACGACGACAAGAAGAAACUUUUCGAGGGUGGACUUAUUGACACUGCGGGAGAAGAGCGAGAGAGGAAAUGGAACGAGCUUAAAUCGUUAUUUGAAUCCCGCCAAAAGACCAAGCUUCCCAAGUGGUUCGGCGAGCGACCGGGCAAGAAGGCCGGAGACCCCGAAUCCCCCGAAGAGGAAGAGGGCGGUGAGGAGGACGAGAUGCCCCCUGAGCCUGUGUACGAGGAGGAAGAAGAGGAAGAAGAAGAGGAGGAAGAAGAGGAGGAAGAAGAAGAGGAGGAGGAGGAGGAAGAGGAAGAGGAGGAGGAGGAAGAGGAAGAGGAGUGAUGAGUUUUCCUCUUCAGCGGCCUCUCUCACUCUCCUUCAUCCACCGACAUGUCGUCACAUUCUCACUCUCUGUGUUGUUUAACAUCUUUAUGUGAAUAUUCUAACAAGUUCUCUGUUUUAUGGAGUCAACGAUCAGUUGGUUUUAAGUUAUCAUUAUUAUUAUCAUCAUUAUUAUUAUUAUAAUUAUCAUUAUUAUUACUGCGAUUAUUGGUUGGCGGUUAGUUAGUCAGUGGUGGAGGCGCGAGCCCGGCGCCACGACACUCCAGCUUUGGACGAAGCUUUAAGACCCGCCUGACGGAGGUCUCUCGCCCGCCGCCAGGCUGCGGCUGCGGCCGGUGGUGUCCCGCGGCGGCGGCGGCCUCCCUCCCUCCCCGCCGCGCUGUACAAACUCACACCACCACCACCGCGCCACGCACCGCCCGCGCGCGCCCGUGCCCUCUGCUCUGGCUGAUGUGGGCGACCACACGCCCACUAAAGGCUUGGGGCACGGCCCGGGAGGGGCUCGGCGGCCCCCCAGCCCUCCGCGGCGCCCCUCCCCAGGCUGCCGCAUCCGCCCACGCCGGGCGCAGGGGCGCGGCCGCGGGCGGUGGCGGCUCCCAACAUACUGUCACGACACCCACCAUAAUUGGUCACUAACUCCCAUCUUGUGUUCUCCGUUGAUCAAGGAUAUUAUGUUCCUUCUACAAUGCUAGUUUCUUUCAAAAUAAAAAUGUCAGACAUA